AUGUAUUCGGCAUUGCAGUCAUUUUGUUGUUGUUGUACUGGAGAAGGUAAUGAUGAUGAAGGACCGCUGAUAAACGAUACCGAUGGUGGUCAUUUUGGAACAGCUGCAACUUGUGAUUCAUCUAAUCGUUUUUGGGUGAACGAUUCGGAUGAGCACAUGAUACAUCCUCGUACCACAUCCAAUGGUUCUGGUAACUUUCGGCAAGGCAACGAUGAAGAUGAAUUAUUAAACCAAAUUCUAGAAACUACGCAGCAAAAUAUAAUAGAUGUUGCAAAUAUGGACGGUACUACAACGCCUUGUAAAGAAGAUUUAUCGAAAGCCCAAAGAUAUAGCGAUGCAGUCAGACAGCAUGAUUUACGAAUUCGGAAGCAAGCUCUUAAUACGACUGCAGAAGAUGAUUCGUGUCUCUUAUCUGAUGUUGGCCAACGAGUGGUUGAGGUACUGCAGCGACCAGCCCAAACUUUGGCUGUGCACUCUGAUUUGCGAGAUUUUGCCAGGAAUAUGUCCUCUGCUGUGGCAAAUGGUGUACAGAUUGAACACAAGCAGGAUAUCCUUAUUCACAUGACUUUUUCAGAUGAAUAA